AUGAAGAGACGCAACUCUGAUACAAAUAUAGACAAUCCGGCGGCCAAGCCAGAACCAGAGUAUUCUCAUUCGGAUCUCGCCUUGCCGGCCUCUCUGAGACGAUCCAUCUCACCUCCUCUGCCCAAUCCACGCCGUCUUAGCCGUAAGUCCUACACUGGUCCCAGCAUCACAUCGACAUCCGAAACGAAAUCGACUACAGCAGCCGUCGAAGCUGGUGAGCUCCAGAUCCGAGACCAUGUGUCUUUCUUUUCGUCCAAACUUCUCACGUCCACACGUCCACCCGUUGAAGGCCAGCCGCGUCUCUCCCACUCUGACUGGCUAGCUCUGUACAACCGAAACCUCAAUGACAGGGGCCACCAUUUCGUUGUUCAUCAGCAUGACCAUCCCAUAGCUGGAACUCACUAUGAUCUCCGGUUACAAUGUAAUGCAUCGAGCUCAAUCAGUUUUGCCAUCAUGUACGGCCUUCCCGGCAACCCGAAUAGCAGAAAGUUGAAUCGCAAUGCCACCGAGACCAGAGUGCAUAACUUGUGGAAUCAUCUGAUCGAGACAGCCUCACAUGAUACUGGCACGAUGCUGCUCUGGGAUACUGGUGAAUACGAGGUGUUGGCCUAUAAUCCGUCUUCCGGCAGAACCAGCGCGACUGGUGAUGCUACAUCCACCGAGGAUUCGGACCUGGAUGUAGACAGCGAUUUGCCCGGCAAAGAAAAGGCAGAGUCUGAACCAUCGAAACUCCACCGCGCAUUCCAGAAUCGCAAGAUCAAGCUCCGUCUGCACGGCACCCGGUUGCCAAAGAACUACACUCUCAAUCUGCGACUCAGUCACGAGAACAACAGAUUCGUCCAGCCUGACGCGCCACCUUUUAAGCGGCGAAAGCGGAAUCAUCAGAGCUCGACUGGGCCAUUGCGUCGGGAACCGCAACCCGAGGAAACUGAGGCUUCAGAUUCAGGCAGAUCAAGCUCUCCGCUUGUUGAACUACCCUCGGACUCCGACCUCGAUCAUCUCAGUUCGAGACGCUCUCCCCGAGUCCACCGAAGCUUAUCCUCUCUUGUGCGCACAGCAUCUCCACCACGGUCGAAACGUUCUAUUUCUCCCAGGAAAGGCCGCGACCGAGACCAGGAGCCAACGCCACCUACAAUCCCCGUCACAACCCAAGCCGUCCGCAGUGACUGGAAGGACCAUCUCCCCCCACUGAAGAAACCAGCCGAGGCAGACGUGGGGUUGGAGGACGAAGAAGAAGCCUCGAUCCGUCUCAACAACGCCUACCCCGGUGCGACCAACAGCAUCAACUCGAUCCACCAACGCCGAUGGUUUCUCUCGCUCGACCGCGCCGCCUGCGGCUUCCGUCCGACGAACCAAGCCGCUUUUGGGCGGAAGGUGUGGGAGCGGCCGCGUCUGUCCUCGUCGUCCGAGGUCAAGCGCGAAUCAAAGGGCGGUGACGAAGACGGGGCGGCCGACGACGCUGGAUCGUUGGGUGGAUUUGAACCUUUCCAUGUCCUGGGCAGGGACGUCGAAGUCAGUGUGUUGACGGGCCGCACCGCGGCCGACGUGGCGAGGGAUGAAGGCCUCGUGGGCUACAAGCCGCGCGGGGGAUGGAGGGGUGUUGUAGAGUGA